AUGCGGCCAGGUCAAAGGAUAGCAAGAAAAGCUGCACACCCAAUACGAAAUUUCUGCGAGAAGUUGAAAUCUGGUUCGAUGUGCCUAAAGGGAUUCCCCCUCAUAUUACAGCUCAUGGCUUUCAAAAACAUCUCUUCCCUCCCGUCUUUACUCAAACUGUCGGAUGAAAAGCCUACCCUCAUACAAACUCAUCGUGUUAAGCUACCAAAGCAACCACCUCUUCAAAUGGACGAUAUCCUUAGAGCGGAGCACGACCCCAAGCUUGUCGUCAACCCGAUUUUCUCUUUCGAACCCCUGGACGACGAGGGGUGGGCUGAAUGGGACGACGAAUCAAAGGAUGCAAAGGUGAAGUUCAUGGUAGACCGCAUUGACAAGGGUGACACUUUCUCGAAACAUGAAUGGCCGGGCGGUGAUUCUUCUUUGCCUCUUGUUGUUGUUAAGCCCACCAAGCUGGUUGGAUAUACAAAACAGGCCACCGCUCGACGGCCCGCUAAGGGCAAAUCAGCCAGCAUGACACCACCUGCCUUCUCUUCGAAGAGCAGAACAAACCGUCGCAUAAAAACGAGGCAGCUCCAUAUAAACGCCGACGCACCCCAUGAAUACGAAGAACAGAACGCAUGGUUACUUUCACAG